UUUGAUUGACCAAGUUAACAGAAAAAAAUCUGCCAACACCUACAACACUCAAUUACUUUUAUUAAACCUGUCAUGAUAUAUAUCUUCAGAGCAUGUUUAUUCGGUACUGUAUUGUUGUCACAACAUUGCUGCAUCUGCUGUGGACUGGAUUUCUUUCAUCCUCAGCAGCAUUACCAGCAGGGCGGUUGCCAUUGCGAAUGUAGCCAAGUUAUAGGGCAGCUGUGUAUGGCUUUUGGUGGGUUUCGUCAUGAAGAUAGCUUCAAAUCAGAAAUUUCACAAUGUGAAAGCUGGCCGAGCAUAAAAGAAUUCAAGUCGAUCAUCAUGCAGCUGAAUGCUGAGAAGACCUAGCUUGCCCCCGACGACUUCACAGGAAAAAUUCUUACAAUACUGCUGGGCGAUCAUCAAGAAUGAAAUUAUCGCAAUUUUAGCUGAAUCUGGUUGCACAAGUGAUGCUGAUCUAGCUCUAGGGCCCUACGCUCCUCUGCUCAGCCAAUUUUCCAAUAAAAGAACCAGAAAGCUGCCAAUGAUCGAGGAGCUCGAUCUCGCUAAGUAGAAUACAUAUGCACAUGGCCUGAACCGCAAGAUCACAUGUCAUACCUCGUGCGUAAUACUUUACUCACAACUCACAGAUGAUGGCUAGCUAGUUGCCAAUGCCCGCGGCAACUUCAACUAACUAAAGUUUCUCCAGCAAGCACACGAGGAACCAGCAGCGAAAGCUUGGCAGCCUCGCGUUUGGCUGGCCAUGGCGGAAACCACUGGAUCUACCUCUCCUUCUCUGCACAUCGUGGUGUUCCCAUGGCUGGCCAUGGGCCACAUGAUCCCCUUCCUGGAGCUCUCCAAGCGUCUGGCCACGCGCGGCCACGCCGUGACCUUCGUCUCCACGCCCAGGAACGCCGCCAGGCUGGGCCUGGGCCUGGGCUCCGUCGGCCCGCCAGGCGUCCGCGUCGUGGCGCUGGACCUGCCGGCGGUCGACGGCCUGCCCGAGGGAGCCGAGUCGACGGCGGACGUCCCGCGCGACAAGGUCGGGCUCCUCAAGAAGGCCUUCGACGGCCUCGCCGCGCCCUUCGCCGCCCUCCUCGCCGGGUUCUCCAGAAAGCCUGACUGGCUCGUGCUCGACUUCACCCACUACUGGGCCUGGCCCAUCGCCGAGGAGCACCAGAUCCCGUGCGCCAUGUUCAUCAUCUUCGCGCCGUCCCACAUGGCCAUCACGGGGCCGGAGCAGGAGAACGAGGCGCACCCGCGGAGGACGACGGAGGACUACAUGGCGCCGCCGCCGUGGAUCCCCUCCCCAUGCCCCUCUGCCUACCGCCGCGGCCGCCACGAGGCCGAGCGCAUGGCCGCCGCCUUCCGGCCCAACGCGUCGGGCGUGGCCGACGUGGGCCGCUUGUGGGCCGGGAUGCAUCGGCCCAUCUGCCGCCUCGUCCUCUACCGCAGCUGCCCGGAGGUCGAGCUCGAGCCGCCGCCGCUGUUCCCUCUCCUCACCAAGCUCUUCUCCAAGCCCGCCGUGCCCGCCGGCCUCCUCCUCCCCGACGGCGCCGAUGAUGACGAGUCCUCCUCCUCCUCCUUCGCGCCGGCGAUGCGGUGGCUGGACGAGCAGCCGAGGGGGUCGGUGGUGUACGUGGCGCUGGGGAGCGAGGCGCCCGUGACGGCGGAGCAAUUGGGGGAGCUCGCGCUCGGGCUGGAGCUCUCCGGGGCGCGCUUCCUCUGGGCGCUCCCUCGGCUGCGCGAGCGGCGGCUGCUCCCGGAAGGGUUCGAGGCGCGGGUGGCCGGGCGCGGCGUGGUGAGCUCCGGGUGGGUGCCGCAGAAGCGCGCGCUGGCGCACGGCGCCGUGGACGCGUUCCUGACCCACUGCGGGUGGGGAUCCGCCGUGGAGAGCCUGCGGUUCGGCGGCGGGCACCCGCUGGUGAUGCUGCCGUUCGUGGCCGACCAGGGGCUCGUCGCGCGGGCCAUGGAGGCCAGGGGCGUCGGCGUCAUGGUGCCCAGAGACGAAGGCGACGAGUCGUUCGACAGGGACGGCGUCGCGGCGGCGGUGAGGAGGGCCAUGUCGGAGGAGGAAGGGAAGGUGCUCGCCCGCAACGCGGCCGAGCUGGGAGAGAUCGUGGCGGACACGGCGCGGCAGGAGCGGAUUCCAACUCUGGAGGGUGCGGAGGCCCAGCCGGACUCUGGACGGUUCUCAAUAUAAGCACUCCCAAGUCCCAACAUAAACAACCAAGUCGCGGUCUCCACCAAAUUGGAUCGUCUCAAUCAGGGUUUGGAGGACGCCGCU